GCGGCGGGCCCCUCUCAAAUCCCUACCGGAGCCUACAACCAUCUUUCCGUGCCCAUAUCUCCAGCCGUGCGGCCAAAUUCAAAGCCCUCUGGAUCAUGGUUCCAACCAGGAAACAACCGUUGUACCUACAAAGCAUGCACAUUCACAGGCUCUAAGCACUCUGUUGAGACGCACAUGAUGGAUCGGCACCUCAUCUUCCCUCCCGGCUGGGACAGACGAAAAAAGCAGGACGAUUGGGAUGCCGAUCCGAGUCUCAAAGGAAAACGACUCCCUAUUCAGGGAACAACCAUCGUCCUGGAUACUCCCGAACAGCUCGAAGCAUGGAUCGCGGAGCGCAAACGACGGUGGCCCACCGGGCAGCGCGUCGAGGACAAAAAACGCAAAAUGGAGGAAGCCGUCGCACGCGGCCAGCUCUCACUCGAGGAUGUGGGAAUCGGAGCCCGGAAACGCCGACGGGUGGAUGACGAGCAAGGAUCCGGAGACAGUCGAGGGCGAGGAAGAGGCGGAACGGGAAGAGGACGAGGAAGAGGAAGAGGACGGGGUAUAGACGGGGAAUCUGGUUCUACUUGGAGAGGACGCGGCCGAGUGGAUUCCGGCUGGAGAGGUCGUGGAACAGGCAGAGGCGGCGGUGCUCCCGUAGCCAUGGAACAUCCUCCCCGCGUUGAGCCUGAAUCGAGCUCAGAUGAUGAGUCUGAAGAUGGUGCUCCGGAGAUCGUCUCUUCGAAAGCAGAACUUGCUUUUCAGCCUCCGUCUGUCCCCGACCAACAGGUUUCUAUGCCGCAACCGGUGAAGCGGCAUAAACCCCAGCAACCAAAACUUCCUCCUCGCAAUCAGUUCGCAUCUCGGCCGACUUUGUUGCGUAACUUACUACUUCCUGAGAUUCGCGUUACCGUCUCGAAUCUGUCGCAAGCCAUUCGCUUCUUGGUGGAUAACGAC